AUGCUGCCAACCGCAGUGCUGCUUGUGUCGGCCUCGAACUCCGGUGGCAUUUUCUGUUUUGGUGCCUCCAAACUCGAUGCGGGAUAUCUCGGGCCGGAGUCAGUCUACAACUCACUUACAUCCCGCAAGGAACGAUCGAUCGGUUUCUCUCGGUUGGUUAGUUCUACGACGACGUGUUUGAUCGCGCGCACGCUCUCUCUGCCUUUCUGGAACGCGAACGCGAAAUUCAGCGCCUCCGCCCACCUCCGCCCUUUUUUUAUUGACAAAUGCAGUACCAGCUUCCUGAGCCGGGGGAAAAGUAUCUCGAUCGAAGACCUAUCGACGGAGCGCGACGAAGCCAACUUUGAUGACGACGUCGUCGAGCCUACGCAGUGGAAACGAGUUAGCAAAAUCCGACGUUCACUUCAGUUCCCAAGGAAAACGGCCCCAAAGUCAAGCACCCGUCCGGCAGACCUUCCGGAAAAUUCGGGCAGUGUGUGGAAAAUUCGGCAGGAGCUGGAAAACGGCCGUCGACUGAACACCGCCAUGAGGAACAACCACAUCGAUUUCGUGGCUUUGGAUAACAUCCUUAAAAGUGUAUCGGAUACGCCUUCGCCUACGACGACAAAGCAGCACCAGUCCGAUAACACGCCCCGAAGUCCGUCUGGGAAAUCUACGACUUCCACUUUUCUGACUGCUGAGUCGUUGAAGGAAAUUCGUGGUAAACUGAGAAGGUUGAGCAAUGAGUCGUUGUAUCGAGACGAUAUGAGCCCUGGCGAUGAACGCAAAGCUAUGGAGGAUGACGAUGCCGUUACAAUCACCGAAGUUGAAACACGAAUGGGACAGUUGCAGACGAACAGUUCAUCGGAUUCGUACAAAAGCAACAGCCUGGAAUCUAACCGCAAGCCGUCGAUCACCGAAAGUAUUUCCGAUGAUUGGCAUUCGCGUAGGAAAUCGUACGGUUUUGAAAGGAUGAAUCAUUCGUCCAACUUCAUGUCCAAAAUGGAUUCAUCGACUGACAGUGGUAUUGGUCGUUCCACAGAUCUCAGCUCCAGCUGGUCAAGUGGAGGGGCCGAUGCUUCUCAGGGGAAUACCCGAGGUACGAUCGUGACACUGGGAGAUCAGAAGGAAAAACCAACCAACACUGCUACGGUUAUAAAAAUCACCAACGAAAGUCGGGAAAAGGAACGAGAACAACGUGAAGAGGACAUCAAGCGUCAUUCGAUCGCUGUCGACGAAACGAGUUACGUGCGUGAUAGUUUGAAAACUAUGUUCGAAAAGAAGUCUUCAGUUAGCGUCAACGGAUUUAGUCACACCUUCAUCGAGGAACUAAACAAGAACAAAAAGAAGGUUGAGUUCUGCAAGACUGAGGUACACUUCACGGCGGAUUCCGGACGGGUUAAUAUCGUUGAAACGGAUGAAAAACCUCCACCUACAAACAAUUUCCGGAGACGGCGUAGAUCUUCUGGGGGAUCCGUAGGAUCCUCCUACAUGCAGGCUAUCACUUCCGGAGCUCCGGUCACACAUUUCGGGGAUCUCGAGCAGGAAGUUAGCGAAACGGACCUCAAAGAAAAUCCUGUAUACACCGCACCUCCGGUUGUGACCACCUCGAUCGGUCGUCCGGAACCUAGUCCUCGUCGCUCGAUCGUAACCUCAGAUGAGAGUGACAAUCAGUCGGCCGAUGAUAUCUCCCUUAGAGGAAUACUGAAAAACAAACCCGUGAAACCUAAACCUUACGUUCUGGGGGAAAAUAUGGCCAAUAGUGAAAGUUUGUGGGGAGUUAAGCUGAGACCGGUCUCGACGGAACUUAACUACUGGCACGAGCAGGAAGAGUUGAGCGGAAAAUCACAAACUGUAGUAACUACGGAAGACAAAUCCGAUAGCAUGGCUCCAGCAUCUUCCUUUUCGACGAAAAUAAAUCUUACAUCGGUUGCAUCGAUUUCUAAAAAAUCAGAUGAAUCGUCGAUCGAUCCGAAAGGUACCACCAAAAUUCUGAUCGAUAUAUCCACCACCAAUUCCGUCAAUCAGAACCCUCUCAAAUCAACUUCCCUUAUCAUGCGAACGAUGCGUUCGGCUAACCAAUUCGACGAAGCAAUGAAAAGUUUGGAAGCCACCCGGCGAGAAUCCAUCGAUAGCAACGAAGCCAGCGAAGAACGACGCUCAGCCUUCCACCUUAUCUCGAGCAGCUCCAUUGCCAAGUCCAGUUCCGCUAGUAGUAUCUACAACAACAAGGAAACACCCAAGCUCAAGGUUGCCAAGUACGCAGCAUCUCUCGAUGGGGAUGUCGAUGACUAUCCCCCAACGCGCUACCGUGCUCCGAUGCCAGCUCUAAGACGGAGCUUUACCAACGAAUCUCGGCUGUCGGACUUCGAAGCCUUCAUCACCAAGAACAGCAGCAGCGGCAUCCGUCGAUCGAGUACAGAUGAGUUCCCCUCGGUCGGAAUGGUUUCGAGUGUGUCUGCCUGUAAACCUGUGGCAGCACCCCGAUUGAAGAAGCUCGGAGGAUCUAGCGUAUUGAGCCAUCAGCUGACGCAGUUGAAGCGGUUGUACGAUGCAGCCGAACAGUACGACAGCGAUGAGAGCGCCAAAGCAGACGAAGAAGUUAAGCUGUACCUUGGCAACCUAACCAGUGAGGAACGCAUCACGAGCGAACUGUCCGGCAGCUGGAGUCGGCUUAAGGCCAAGCGCAACAUUCAAAAGUACCGGGAUCAGGAUCUGAAAAUCACUGUCAACUCCGUGUCAGAAUUUGAAAUAGUGAAACCUUCUUCGAAUGGAACCACGACAACAACCAUCAAUACGGAAGGACCGCCGCGGAGUACCAACAUCAUGUCCAUCGCACUGAAAAGUCCAAUCCUGUCGAAGAAAAAUCCUUCGCCAAGUUCAGGUAAUUAA